CAGAAUUGAAGACUCUUGUUUUCCAUGACCACAGCAUUUGGAGGGAGACGAGAGGGAGACCCGUGAAGGCGUCGAGAAAGCUUCCCGCCCAUCACUGCUGCUCAACUCAGGCAUGACCACCGGCCGAAUCAACUCUUACAGCAUAGUCUCUUCCGAGGAAGACGGGUUGACUUUGACCACCAUGCCUGGGGUGAAUGGCUUUAGAAACGGGAAAAUCCACACCAGGAGGAAAUGCCGGAACCGGUUUGUGAAGAAAAACGGCCAGUGCAACAUUGAGUUCACCAACAUGGAUGAUAAACCCCAGAGGUAUAUCGCGGACAUGUUCACCACUUGCGUGGACGUCCGUUGGAGGUAUAUGCUGCUGCUUUUCUCCCUCGCCUUCCUGGCGUCUUGGUUGGUGUUUGGUGUUAUAUUUUGGCUCAUCGCACUGGUCCACGGUGAUAUAGAGAAGCCGACGAAGGACGAAACAUUCACCCCUUGCCUCCUUCAGGUCAAUGGCUUCGUGGCGGCUUUCCUGUUCUCUAUUGAGACGCAGACCACCAUCGGCUAUGGAUUCCGUUGCGUGACGGAGGAGUGCCCGCUCGCGGUCUUCAUGGUGGUCCUCCAGUCCAUCGUGGGGUGUAUCAUAGACUCGUUCAUGAUCGGCGCCAUCAUGGCAAAAAUGGCGAGGCCCAAGAAGAGGGCCGAGACCUUACUCUUCAGCCACCACGCGGUCAUUGCCAUGAGGGACGGCAAGCUCUGCCUUAUGUGGAGGGUCGGCAACCUUCGCAAGAGCCACAUCGUGGAAGCCCACGUCAGGGCCCAGCUGAUUAAAUCCAGAAUCACAGAAGAGGGGGAAUACAUCCCCCUCGACCAAAUAGACAUUGACGUCGGGUUCGACAAAGGACUGGACCGUAUUUUCUUGGUAUCCCCGCUCACCAUCCUCCAUGAGAUCAAUGAGGAGAGUCCGCUUUUUGGGAUUGGCCGACAGGAUUUGGAAACCGAUGACUUUGAAAUCGUGGUCAUCCUCGAGGGGAUGGUGGAAGCCACCGCCAUGACGACGCAAGCUCGGAGUUCCUACUUGUCCAGCGAGAUUCUCUGGGGCCACCGCUUUGAGCCAGUAUUAUUCGAGGAGAAAAACCAAUACAAAGUGGACUACUCUCAUUUCCACAAGACCUACGAGGUCCCGUCCACCCCUUCCUGUAGUGCCAAGGACCUCAUGGAAAAUAAAUUCCUUCUUCCAGGCACAAAUUCCUUCUGCUACGAGAACGAGCUUGCCUUCAUUAGCCGCGAUGAGGAGGAGGAGGAAGAUGACGACGAUAGCAGAGGAUUAGAUGAUCCGGGCUCAGAGAACCAGCAGGAGUUUGACAGGCUUCAAGCCACUGUUGGGUUGGACCAGAGAUCCUACAGAAGGGAAUCAGAGAUAUGACCCCAUGACUGUUUUUGAGGGCAUCUCUCUAUCCCCCCCCUCUCCUCCGGGUCUCUGUCCUUUACUAAACAGAAAAGAAGAAUAAGAACCCAACUCUAAUUAUGCAGAACAAUGCAAGUGCCAUAGGAAUGCCUGAGAAACCAUGUGGUUUGUAGGGUGUUUUUCUUUCUAAAUCUCAUUGCAAUAACCACUGAGCGCCACGGGGAUGGGGAACCAGGGCCCGCCUCUGAGUGCUGUGGGACCUCCAGUGUUCAUAAAGUCGUUCACAGAACAGACGAGACGUCAGAUUCAAAAUGGCGUCAGAUUCAAAAUGGCGGCAGGAGAAGCUGAAAGCAAAGCAAGAAAACCCUCGCCUUGCAUGAGUUAGCACCUCAUGUGGAGGGAGAUAUUUCCACUUCCCCUUUUCCUUGUCAAUAAAUGAGGGUCUUUUACAUUUUUUUUAAAGCUAAGCACUAUAAAGGUGGAAAGGGAAAGAAUAU